CCAUUAGAGAGGGACUCGACAACGCGUUCAUGGCUUGCAUUUGCAGGGAACUGUCGAAUUCUCGGGCGAAUUCCAGUCGUUUUGAUUGAGGGACGAGGAAGGUUCAAAACCCUAGGACAGAGCAGGGAGUGUUGCAGAGGGACGAAGGUCUCGGGUGCUCUCAGUGCUGUGCCCUAGCUUCUAAUUUCGUGUCUCUGGUUUCAAUUGAGGAAUUGGAUUUGAUAUUAUUAGUUUCAAAUCAAUGGGAGUUGCAACCCCAUAGGGAUUAAGGUAGGGAUGCAUGGAUGUGAUUCAGGAUCUGCUCUUGUAGUAAAUGCUGAGGUUGAUUCCAUGGGAGGGGUUGUUGAUGGCGGAGUUGGGAUUGGUGUCAAAACCUCUCCGCGCAGAGCAGCAAUAGAGAAGGCUCAAGCAGAGCUUAGACAGGAGUAUGAUGUUCGUGAGGAAAGGAGAAGGGAACUAGAAUUUCUUGAAAAAGGUGGCAAUCCCUUAGAUUUCAAAUUUGGAAAUGCAGCUUCACUUAGUGUCCAGUCUACCUCGCUCACUGAUCAGCAGGCAGAACAUUUUGUUACCAGCGAAGCAAAAGGUAGUUUUGCGCUGACUGCUUCACCUCAUGGUGACUCUGUAGAAAGUAGUGGUAGGCCAGGGGUUCUUACAGUGUGUGAACACCAUACUGCUGAUAAUCUCAUACUUUUUGAUCAUGAAAAUGAAUUACAUGAAGGCAAAAGAAACUCUAUGCACCGUAGUAAGAGGAGUAGUGUUGCUCCAUCAGAACAAUCUUCUCAGAUGGAUGGGACUCAAAAUGCCAAGGAAUCGGAAGAUUCUGCAAUUUUUCGUCCUUAUGCUCGUAGGAAUAGAUCCAAAAUCAAUAGAGACAGUGCUAGAUCUAGUUCAACAGAUAUGGUUCAGAGCCGUGGUGGUCAUGGUUCUUCUUUACCUGCACGUGGGGGCUCAAAGGAUGUGAAGGCGCCGAUAUCUGAAACAAACAACCAGAAGGAACAGAAUGUUCUCUCCAUUUCUAACCCCAGAUCUGUAACUUCAAAUGGUGAUUUGGUUUCAAAGAAGAUAACUUCUGAUAAUCAGUUGAAUGCAGAGUUGGAUAACAUGCAGACUCUUGAAGUAACAACUAGUAUGUUGAAAGGUGAACAAUCUGAUGAAUGUAAGUUGAAUACUCCUUCAAAGAGCUUGACAGAUGUCCAACAAAAAGAACUCACACAAGUAGAGCCUCUUAAAUCUUCUAACAAAUUGGCUUCUGAUGAACCUGAUGGUUCUAGAGGAAAGGAACAGGUAAUUUCAGCUGGUCUUGAAUGUCCAUCCGGUGCAGCUGCUACAAAUUCUGAGAAGGAAAUUAGUUCAAGUCAGCUGAAUGGGUUUAGUGAAUCCAAAAGAGAGAGAAGAACAGUCCCAACUGCAGGGCAACAAAAUAGUAAUGCAGCAAUUGGAGCAAAGAGAUUAGAUUCAGAAUCUUCUUGCACUCAAAACAGCCUAAAUUUGGAUGUGAAUAAUGAUAAUGAUAUGUGCAUUACAAAAAAUGUUGAUGCUAAUGGAAAGUCUGUUGAUCAAACAUCAGAAUUAGAAGUGAAACUGAAGUUACCUGAUGGUAACAUUGUACAGGAAAAGAAUGAAAUCAAGCCUGUUGACGACACUGCUACAAUCAAUGAGAAGAAUGGUGGUGCAUCGCAAGACCACUCUCUCAAUGACCCUGUUGUGAAAGUAGAUGAGGAGAUUAGAUCUGACAUGCAAAAUGAGAUGGGUUAUCCUUCCAAUGUUAAAGGAUUUCAACAAAAUGACUGUAUUGCUUCAGAAGCUGAAAUGAGAGUUAGUAAUGUGUCAGGUGACCAUCUAAACUCCAGAACAGAUAACUGUUUGGCUGGUAAGCCUCAAGGGAUGGUGGAUAUUUCCAUUUCUGAUCUUCCCAAGACUCCUUUGUUGGUGGCAAAUGAUGCUGCUGCCACUGAUCCUCAAAUUGAUUCUGAUAAACAUUUAAAAGUGAUGGACAAAGAACGUGAAGAUUCAAUAUUGGAAGAGGCACGGAUUAUAGAGGCUAAGCGGAAAAGAAUUGCUGAGCUAUCUGUUGGUAGCUUACCUUCUGAGCAUUGUCGGAAGUCUCACUGGGAUUUUGUCCUUGAGGAAAUGGCAUGGUUGGCAAAUGAUUUUGCUCAGGAACGUCUUUGGAAGAUGACUGCUGCUGCUCAGAUAUCUCGCCGUAUUGCUUUUGCCUCUCAUUUGAGAUUUGAUGAGCAAAGUCAGCAAUGGAAGCAAAAAAAAGUAGCUUUAUCACUGGCUAAUUCUGUAAUGCAAUUCUGGCAUUCAGUGCAGCUGCUUUUAAACAAUGAGGAGGCAAGUGUCAGUCUGAAGAACAGUGGGCAUGGUUUGGUCGGAUCAGGUGUUGCUGAUACUAAUGAAGUUUCUAAGGACAAAGCUGGAGAACUUGAUCUGGAUACAAGUAAAGAAUUUGACCAAAAGCAUCCGAGGAAAAACAUUGAGGGAUAUGCUCUAAGGUUUUUGAAAUAUAACAGCUCUCCUUUUCCAUCCCAACAAGCAGAAGCACCAGCAACUCCUGACAGAAUGUUUGACUGGGGCAUUAUGGAGAUGUCUUGGGCUGAACACCUAACAGAAGAAAGCCUCUUGUAUGCUGUGCCCCCAGGUUCUAUUGAAGCCUACAGAAAAUCCAUUGAAUCUUAUUUGGUGCAGACUGAGAAAACUGGGAGUGGUGUGCAAGAUGAAGUUGAGACGUCUGCAUAUGAUGCUGGAGCAGAGUUUAGAUAUCAUGUCUCGGCAUAUGAUGAGGAUGAAGGAGAAACAAGUACAUAUUAUAUACGUGGAUCCUUUGAAGCAAGCAAGUCAUCAAAAGCCAAUCAGAAGAAUAGGAAGCAUUUAAACAAAUCAUAUACCAGGCCAUAUGAAAUGGGAGCUGAGUUGACUUAUGGAAACUGUGCAAUUAGGUCUCAACAAUCUAUGUUGUUGGGAAAAAGGCCUGCUAAUAGUCUUAAUGCUGGUUCAAUUCCCACAAAACGAGUACGGACUGGUUCCAGGCAUAAUAGGGUUAUAAGUCCUUUUAAUGGUGCAGCUCCUCCUGGGAUUCUGCAGACUCCAGCAAAAACGGAUGCCUCAAGUGGGGAUACAAACUCUUUUCAGGAUGACCAAAGUACAUUUCAUGGAGGAUCCCAAAUCCAGAAAAGCAUGGAGGUUGAGUCAAUUGGGGACUAUGAAAGGCACUUACCUUAUGACUCUGCAGAAACACCAAGGAAACCUAAAAAGAAGAAGCUCAAGCACCCUGGUUCUGGAUAUGAUCAGGGUUGGCCUCUGGAGUCUACCAUACAUAAUGAACAGAGGGAUCAUUCCAGAAAGAGAUUUGAGCUUCAUCACUUUGAUUCUAAUGGAACUAGUGGUUUAUAUGUGCAACAUAAUGCUAAGAAGCCAAAGAUAAUCAAGCAACAUCCUGAUGGUAUUUUUGACAUGACUCCUAGUGGGUCCAUUCCCUCACCUGUUGCAUCCCAAGUGAGUAAUAUGUCAAACCCAAAUAAAUUAAUUAAAAUAAUUGGUGGUCGUGACCGUGGCAGAAAACCUAAAGGCUCGAAGAUAACUGCUGGUCAGCCAGGUCCUGGAAGUUCAUGGUCACUGUUUGAAGAUCAGGCCCUUGUUGUCCUUGUCCAUGAUAUGGGUCCAAAUUGGGAGCUUGUCAGUGAUGCAAUCAACAGUACUGUUCAGUUCAAGUGCAUUUUCCGCACACCAAAAGAAUGCAAAGAGCGUCACAAGAAUUUAAUGGACCGGAGUGGUGAUGGUGCUGAUAGUGCAGAUGAUUCAGGAUCCUCGCAGUCUUAUCCAUCUACACUGCCUGGCAUUCCCAAGGGAAGUGCCAGACAGUUGUUUCAACGUUUGCAAGGGCCAAUGGAAGAGGAUACCCUCAAGUCUCAUUUUGAGAACAUUAUAAAGAUUGGAAAGAAGCAGCAUUACCAGCGGACUCAGGAUACAAAACAGAUGGUGCCAGUCCACAAUUCUCAUAGUAUUGCUCUUUCUCAAGUCUGUCAAAAUAACCUGAAUGGACUACUAACGCCUCUUGAUCUCUGUGAGGCAACUGGAUCGGGCCAAGAUGGGUUGCCUAUUGGAUAUCAACCUCCUCAUUCCAGCAGUUUAGCAGUAUCAAAUCAAGGAGCUGUAGGAUCUGUACUUUCAGCUUCUGGAGCAAAUUCUCCAUUACAGAGUUCUGCUAUGGUUCUUGGCAAUAAUAUGUCAUCACCAUCUCCUCCGCUCAAUACAUCUAUCAGGGAUGGCAGAUAUGGUGUUCCACAAAUGUCUUUGCCAGCUGAUGAGCAGCAUAGAAUGCAACAAUACAAUCAAAUGCUUUCUGGCAGGAACAUUCAGCAAUCCAACUCGCCUGCCUCUGGAGUUAUAUCUGGAAGUGAUCGUGGUGUUCGUAUGCUACCUGGUGGAAAUGGUAUGGGCAUUAUGUCUGGAACAAAUAGAAGCAUGCCAGUUUCAAGAACAGGUUUUCAAGGAAUGGCCUCAUCAUCGAUGCUGAACACCAGCAGUAUGCUGUCCUCCAAUGUGUCAGGAAUACCAAGUGUAAAUAUGCACUCUGGACCCGGUCCCAGUCAGGGAAACUCUAUGCUAAGACCUCGUGAUGCCAUGCACAUGAUACGAUCUGGCCAUAAUCCAGAGCACCAAAGGCAAUUGAUGGUACCAGAGCUUCAGAUGCAAGCUACACAAGGGACUAGCCGGGGUAUUCCUGCUUUUAGUGGAUUAAGUUCUGGUUUCCCUAAUCAAACCACAAUGCCCACACAGGCAUAUCCAGGCCAUCCCCACCACCACCACCAGCAGCCACAGCAUCAAAUUCCAUCCCAGCAGUCACAUGCUAUGAGCAAUUCCCAUCAUCCUCAUCUUCAAGGUCCCAAUGUGACAGGACCGCAGCCGCAACCCUAUGCAAUGCGCCUGGUAAAAGAAAGGCAAAUUCAACAGCAACGUCUAAUGCAGCAGCAACAGCAACAACAGCCACAACAACAGCAGCAGUUUGCUGCAUCCAGUUCUUUGAUGCCACACGUCCAACCACAGUCCCAACUUCCGAUAUCUUCUUCUCUUCAAAAUAAUUCCCAGAUUCAAUCACAAGCCUCAAAUCAGUCUGUAACGCCGCCCUCACUUACUUCAUCAUCACCAAUGGCUCCUGUGCCGUCGCCUCACCAACAGAAACAUCACUUGCCACCACAUAAUCUUACUCGGAUCUCUCAAUCUGGUACCAGUGGUUUGACCAAUCAGAUGGUCAAGCAACGGCAGCGACAGCCACAGCAGCAACAGCAAUUUCAACAAUCUGGCCGGAACCACCCUCAGCAGCGGCAACAAAUACCAUCUCAACAACAGGCUAAAAUUUCAAAAGGAAUGGGAAGAGUGAAUAUGCUUAUGCACCAUUCUGGUGAUCCUUCUCCCCUGAAUGGCCUUUCCAUGGCCCCAGGUAACCAAACUGCAGAGAAAGGGGAGCACAUAAUGCACUUAGUGCAGGGUCAAGGCUUCUAUUCUGCUUCUGGCAUGAGCCCAGUCCAACCAUCCAAACCACUAGUGCCAUCACAAUCUUCUAAUCAUCCUCAGCCACAGCAGAAGAGUUUUUCUGGAACACCCCCUUCCAAGCAAACCCAGCAGAUGCCACCUCAUUCUGAGAAUAGUACUCAAGGCCAGGUUUCUGCAAUUCCUUCUGGUCAUUCACCAUCAGCUGCUCAUCAAGCCCUGCUGCCCACAGUCGUGCCUUCCAACCACCAGCAUUUGCAUUUACAGUCACAGCCACACCAAAAGCAAGCUAAUCAAACUCAACCAACUAUUCAGAGAGUGCUUCAACAUAAUCGAUCUACGCAUCCUGAUCCAUCAAACAUAUCACAAGCAGAACCACAAGCUGAUCAGCAGCCUGUGACCACUGCAUCCCUGGUGGGCGCAACAGCAACUGCAGCAAUGCCUCAGGUUUCCAAUGAUUCAGCUAAUGCAAUGCCAGUUGUUUCUUCUGCUGCUGCUCCUCAGUGGAAGGCUACAGAACCAGGGCAUGAUUCUGGUAUGCCAAACAUGGCUGCUCAAAUGGGAUCCAUUGGUAGCUCACCUUUUUCAAAUUCAGCUGGGAGUGAUCCAGUAACUUCAGCCAGCCAAGGGUUGGGCCAGAGGCAAUUAUCAGGUGGCUUGCUCCCUCAAGGGCAUAAUGCUGGGGCACAGUGGCAGCAACAGCCACAUAUACAAUCUCCUACACCGCAGCCAUCUCAGCAACACUACCACUCUCAAGAGCAAGUAAAACAAGAUCAGCAUCAAUCAGCAGAACAGCUGCCUCCUCAGCAGCAGUCUCAUCAACAAAUUCAGCAUCUGCAAGCAGUGCAGAGUAGUUUGUAUCACAAGCCCUCCAAUUAUAAGACGGAAUGAGCAAUCUAUGGAUUGAGGAGUUCCAAGCAGCCGGUGCUACUAGGAUUGGGUUGGCAUGCCUGUGUAACACCAGUGUACAGAUGAAGCUGGUUACAACAUUUCAAAAUGCAAAAUGGACGUUAAUUGCAGGUUAGAAAUUCACAGAAGCGAUGCUGUGCCGUUUCCAUUUUGUUUGUUUAGGAGUCAUGUACAUUACCACCUGCUUAGGUUAUUGGGAAGAUGGAGACAGAUAUAGAGUUAUUUUGUACAGGGGUCUCAUCUCCCUUUUCUUGUACUUUCUCUCUCCGGCACUGCCAUGGUUUCCUUGCUCUAGUGCAGGGAACCACAUUUCUUUUUGCACCAGUAGAUAGCGCAUGUAUUAUUACCCUUUCCAGAUCAAUUGGGUAGCAAUCAUUGUUAAUGGGCGAAGCCUUCGGAAAUUUUGUGAAUAUAGGGUUUCUAGUGUAUACACUUUUUGCCUAUGAAGAUCGGCGUCUGUCCACUGCCUUUGUCAACCCAUUGAAUUUAUUGAAAUGUGUAACGAUUGCAGAUUAUGUAGUGCAUUCAAUGGCUCUUUCCUCUAACUGGCUAUACUGUAUAAAAUCACAUUCCAUUUCAAGCUUUUAACUUUAUACCUUGCACUUGGAAAUUUUUUUUUUUUUUUUUUUGGGGUGUGUUUAUGGUCAGUAAUUAAUUUAUUAAGGCUAU